AUGGAAGACAAUGGGAAAGAUCUGAAGUACGUGAAGGACUAUCAACCACAAAAGGAUGAAAUCAGUCAUCUCAGAAUUUUGCUGUACGGACCAGUUGGUCCUGGAAAGUCCAGCCUCAUUAACUCUUUCAUCAGUGUUGUCAGAGAGAGACCAGCCAUCCCAGCAUCAGCCAGCAGUACCAUCUCUGACAAAAGUCACACAAAGAUGUAUGAAACCCAUAAAAUCAAGAAAGAAGAAAGCGGAAACUUCUACCCCUUUGUGUUCAAUGACAUCAUGGGUUUGGAAGAAGGGGCUGAGAACGGAGUUAAUAAAAAUGACAUCAAACUGGCUCUGAAGGGACAUGUGAAAGAGGGUUAUAAGUUCAAUCCUGUAUCUCCCCUGUCCCAUGGCGAUCCUGGCUACAACUCCUCACCAUCGCUGGAUGACAGAGUCCAUGUUCUGGUUUGUGUUUGUUCUGCCAAUGCCAGUGAAGUGAAAUCCUCCAUUUUAGAAAAAAUGAAGGAGAUCCGAGAAGCAGCCACUGAGUUGGGUAUUCCUCAACUGGCUGUCCUCACCCACAUUGAUAAGGCGUGUGGUGAAACUGAAAAUAGCCUGAGGAACGUCUACAACAGCAAAUAUCUGAAGAAAAAGAUGUCAGACUUCAGCUCCAAACUGGGGAUUCCAAUGAACUGCAUUUUCCCUGUGAAGAACUACAGUCAUGAAAUCAGCUCAGAUGAGGAUGUCAACACUCUGAUCCUGAAUGCGCUGAAACUGAUGUUUGACUUUGGCGAUGACUUCAUCAACAAACUAUAAAGAGGCAGCGUGUUUUUUUGACGAGUGUCACUGCAUGAAUUAUGGCUUUGCUUACAUACUCUGUCAAAAGGAAUCUAUCAAACCAGCAACACCCACCUCAGUCCCAAUGUUUCAAAAUGUAAAUAUUAGCAUUUUACCUGAGUAGCUUUCAGGUUAUGUGAUCAAUAACUCAAAAUCAGUGUAGGAUACUGUCCUGGCUGCAUGACAUACACCUCUCCUUGUCACAUUUAAAAUCUCUUCAUAAUUAUAACAUUUUAUAUGUAAAUAUUAGCUCAUUAGCUCCUCGACAGCUUUAAACACAGUAUUUCUUUUUUUUAAGUUAAAGGAGCUUGAGGCUGUUUUUUUUAUUUGCAAAAUGUGCUGCAAUUCGGUCCCGAUUUUCCCGCGCUGGGCUGCGGAUGUGACGUCACAUGACGCUGCAUGCACGUUCUCCCCGUUCUCCUGUGCCGGCUUCACUGUUGGCUGCAGUACCCCCAACGGCCGUCGUGGUGAAGGGUGGCGAUAGAGUCUCAUUUCUUAAAAGCAGCCGCAAGCCCCUUUAAGUAACAUUUUUAUACUCUCAAUACAUCCACUGUACAACUUCUUAUCUUAUGUUAAAAUUAUAAACACAAAGAUGUUGUUUUUGUCCUUUUUACUUUACAGUCAUGUCUUGGCAGGUGCCAUGAACAAAGGAGAGUUUUGGUGUGAUUAUAUUCAGCCUUGAUCUUAUACCAGCUGUAUUAUCACGGUGGUGUUAAUCUUUAUUAUUGAAUUGACCAAAUACACAAUAAAACCUACAUACUAAAAAUGAGUUGUCCAUGAUAUAUUCACCCUUUACUU